GCCAGCUAUGGGGUGGAAGAUCCUGAGUAUGCAGUGACCCAGCUGGCCCAGACCACCAUGAGAUCUGAACUUGGCAAACUCUCCCUCGACAGAGUCUUCCGGGAGCGGGAGUCCCUCAAUGCCAGCAUUGUGGAUGCCAUCAACCAGGCUUCAGACUGCUGGGGCAUCCGGUGCCUGCGCUACGAGAUCAAGGACAUCCACGUACCCCCACGCGUGAAGGAGUCCAUGCAGAUGCAGGUGGAGGCAGAGCGACGGAAGCGGGCGACGGUGCUGGAGUCGGAGGGGACGCGGGAAUCGGCUAUCAAUGUGGCUGAGGGGCAGAAGCAGGCCCAGAUCCUGGCGUCGGAAGCUGAGAAGGCCGAACGAAUCAACAAGGCUGCUGGAGAAGCCAAUGCCAUGCUGGUCAAGGCCAGGGCCAAGGCGGAGGCGAUUCAGCUCCUGGCAGCUGCUCUGGCGCAGCAGCACGGCAGCGCCGCUGCCUCUUCUCUCUCUGUGGCAGAGCAGUACGUGAGCGCCUUCUCCAAGCUUGCCAAAGACUCCAACACCCUCCUGCUGCCCGCCAACACCGGCGAUGUCACCAACAUGGUCGCACAGGCCCUGGGCAUCUAUGCCACGCUAACCAAGCCCCAGGCUAUGAAGACGCAGGAGGAGAUGCCCCCGGCCCGCGAGGACCCCCGGCCU